AUGCUUAUACAAAUAAAUACAGUAUCACUUACAUUUGACUUAUGGACUUCUCGAGCAUAUAAUUCUUAUCUAGGUAUAAUCUGCUAUUGGAUUUCAGAUAAAUUUUGCAUUUAUGAUCUUAUAUUAGAUGUAAUCGAAAUAGAUGCAUAUAAAACUACUAAUGAUAUCAUUGGUUUUAUUGAACCUAUGCUUGAAAAAUUUGGUCUAGAAGGAAAAAAAAAAAGAAAACAAUUAAGAGAAGCUCAACUCAGGCUUGAACGGCCAAUUAAAUGGCUAACCAAUGAUCUUGAAAAUUCAAACAAUAAUGAUUAUCAUCAUAAUGGUGCUAAUAUUUGUGACAAGUUAUUAUCAAAUAAAGAAUUCAAAGUUGUGCAGGCUCUUGUUAAACUUUUAUGCCUAUUUGAUAAGGCCACUGAAAUUCUUUUCAGAUCAAAUUAUGCUAUAUUAAGUAUCAUAGUUCCAACAAUUAAAGAAUUAGUUUACCGGCUAAAUAAUACAAAUAGGUUACGAAAUCAGUUUAAUAAAUUAAACAGAAGUACAAGUCAAGUUAAAAAUGAUACAAGCUUACCUAAAGAAAAGGCUGCAAAAGAGACAAAAUCAGCAAUGAAAAACUUUUUCUCUUCAGUUUGGUAG